UGUUAUGACGUGACCCCAACAAAUAGCUCGGAUCCCCAAAAGUUUAAUUGUUGUGAUUUGACCCUAACAAAUGAUUCUGUUACCCCAGAAUUGACUUUCCCCUAUAACACAUUACGACAAAGUAAUAACCAUGUUGAAACUAGCUCAGAAUUUGUAAAUAGCUUUAAUGUUCCGCCAUUGGAUAUGGAUAGCUGGAUGAAAUCACCAAUGGAUAGUUUAAUGACUAAUUCAGUGGAUAACAGUAUUUCAUUACCAAUGGAUAGUUUGAUGUCAUAUCCAAUGGAUAGUUUGGUGACACAGCCAAUGGCAAUGGAUAGUUUGGCGAUCCAACCAAUGGAUAGUUUGAUGACACAACCAAUGGAUAGUUUGGUGACACAGCCAAUGGAUAGUUUAAUGACACAGCCAAUGGAUAGUUUAAUGACACAGCCAAUGGAUAGUUUAAUGACACAGCCAAUGGAUAGUUUAAUGACACAGCCAAUGGAUAGUUUGUUGGAAUAUCCAAAAAGUAACACAGAACCAGUUUCUCUAAGUGCACCCCAAAGCACUGAUCUAAGGAAACAACAUUUGAACCUGAUAGAAACCUACUGUGUAGAAAAGAUGAAGAGUAGAGUGAUGCUGGACUGUAUAGAAGCUGAUAGCUUAGAUGAAGAUGAAAGCCAAGUGUGCAGCAGCUCUGAUGAUGGUAUAGAUAGUUUAGAUGAAGAAACAGUUGACCAUACAGAGGUAUUUGAAAUGGCAAAGUUGCGAGCCUCUUUGGCAUGGCUUCUAUCUAAAGUGCAUGGAAGUGAAGUCCCCAAGGAGUUACAAGAUCCAUUCUAUCAAAACUCAGAAGGUCAAGUAGUUCUGCGGCCAGUGAUGGUCAACUACAUGUCUUCUAGUGAGCUGUAUUGCCAGGCUUGUAGCAGAAUGUUUCCUGAGAUGCACACCCAGUGGCGGGGACACUGGAGCAUAAUUCAAGUACUGUCAAGGAAAGGGAUUUAUAUUUCUGAUGAGACUUCAGUCACAGAAACUGUUCUAGUUCAGACAGCCCCAUUUAAGUUGAAAGCUCACAUAGCCUUGAUUGAUGCCUUGAUGCGAGCCUACAUCACUGAAGUUGCUAGUGUUGAGAAGGUGGUCAAAGCUGUCAGAAACCUUACAACAUUUGCAGCCUCUAGUGAAUUGCCUAGUUCCCCAGAAGAAGCUUUAAAGUUUUGGAUCAAUAAAGUCUGUACUGUAUUGGGGACACCCACUGAGUCUUCAGGUGAUUCUAAGUUUGUAAACAAGAACAAGAGUGGCCGACCAGCUGAGCCAGUCCAGGUCCCUCUGCUGGAAGAUCUGAUGAGGGAUAUUGGUGAUGGCACCAGUGUUGCUGCUGUCAUAGCCUACUACAGACCAGAGCUGCUCAACAUUCAAGAUUUGUGUCUGAAAGACAGCAUUGGGAUAGCAGAUUCCUUGUACAACUUGCGUCAGAUUGGGGAGUUCUGCAGGAAUCACCUGCCCUGGAAAUGUUUCCACCUGACCUACGAGGACCUGCUGUACACCCACGAGACCAUGAAAAUCAACAUCCUCACCUUCCUGGCCGACCUGUUCUAUGUGUUUGAAGGACCUGGUUCUCAGACAGCUGAUGGCAGCACUGCAGGGCCUGUGGCUAAAGAUGUGCCACCUGCAGGCAAGAGAAGCAACUUUGGGUCUGUGCCUAAUGUAGCGAUAAGUAGCGCAACCAAGAAAAGCUUCCAGAGACUGACAUUUGAAGACACAGCAAACAAUCUGGGCAUGAACCGCACAUCAGUCGUCAGCCCCAGUUCCCACCAGCCCCUCCUCCCUAGAAGAACAGGGGGAAGACGCAGCUUCACCCAUGAAGAGGGGGGUCAAAACCCAUCCCCACCCACCAGCAGGAGGGGGCGUCGCACAGUGUCUCUGAGUUCACCCCAGGACAGGGAUUUGAUCCACAAGUCCGUCAUAGCCUGGCAGGAUGACCAGAGGAUAGCCAACAGGACUGAGGAUAUGGGUACACCAAACGGCUGUCCAGGAAAUCUGUUAGCAAAUGUCAGCAUAGACUCAGCACUUAAUCAGAGUUUGAAUGCAGAAACUAGUCUUAGCAUAGAUCUUAGUGAAUUAGACACUCCCAGGCCUGUAAAAACUGGCGCCUUAGAUCCCAGCCACCCAGACUACAUGGAACUAGAGAGCCUUUCAUCAGGCCGUCCACAGCAGGUCUCUGACCGCUUGACCAACAGACCACAUUCACGGCAGGAGCCUCUGAUUCCAGCAGUGUUAAGACCCACUAAGGAAAAGGAUGUCAAUUUGUCUAAAGCAGAGGAGAGAGGGGACAGAAUGCACAGAAGGAAAAAAGUGUCUUCACCAUUAGAGCCAUCAUCACCCAGAGCCUUGCAGUCACCACAGCAGCAGAAACCUACAGCAGCACUGUCAAACCCUGAUCUCAGCAUCUGCUCAUCUUCCUCGGAGGAGACCACUAUCUCAUCCCUACCCCCAGGUGAACAUCAAUCCCCUGGUUACAGUGCCAUGAAAAGACAACUCCUGAAUGCAACAGAAUCACCACCUAAUUCUGUCAGAAGUGUGACCAGCACAGCUGAAAGCUAUACUGUAGAGAAUAGCGUGAGUCUAGCUGCAGCUAGGGCAGCUGGCAUCCCUGUUGUAGCUGACAGCACAGAACUCACUACUCUUGUUGGUACCUCAGCAGGGGAAAGGUCAGCAGGGGAAAGGUCAACAGGGGAAAGGUCAAGGGAGGGAAGUGUGGCCAGCUCAGGGGAGUACUCGGACCAUGAAUCACAGAAGAUCCAUCAAGAUCACAAGAUCCGAGAAUCAACUUUAACUAAUGGCAAUAUCAACAACAAUAGCAAGCGUGUCAAUGAUGUAGGCAUUACUAUGGGAAAGACAGGUGAUGACCUCAAAGCUUUCAUCAAAGUCCCACAGACAACAAAUUUUGCUGAGCUGAAACGUCUCAAGGACAAGCUGAGUUUCAAUCUUGAUAAGGUGGAUAACUCUGCUCUGAUAUACAUGCAGAGUGGUAGCCAAGGUGGGCCUUAUGAUAAAAUGGCUGCUGGUGACCACAAGUCCAGCUUUGUCAACCAGGGACAGCCCAACUCAGAUACCCCAGGCCAACUAGUUGCUGGUACCCCACCAAGUCCAGGCACUGCAAUGCCAGAGGUCAAUGGCGCUGACCCUGGGUCAUCAGAACUUCAGCAGCUGAGGCUGAAGCUGGAGCAGAAGAGAAAAGAGAUAGAGAGGAAGAAACAUCGUCAGGAGGCACAGCAGACCAAGAUGAGGCAACGACUAGGUAAAGCUGCAUUCAUGCGUGUGGUAUCCAAACACCUGGACGGAGGGGAGGAUCAGGAGGAGGAGGAGGACACGAGCAGGUCUGAGAUGUCCACACAAGCCCAGCUCCAGGCUCGUCUGGGCCACCCCACACAGAGGCUCCCCCUGACCAGGCCACCCAUCCAGGGAGGGAUCGUCAUCCCCCCUGACAUGUCUGCCCAGAGAUUCACGGACUGGAGGACUCAGACCAACCUCUCCAAGCUUGGCUCCUCCUCCCAGCGGCCGGAGAACCUUGACCAGCCGCCAUUUAUGUUGUCUGGUGACGCGGACUCUGGACUUAAACCUGGGAGUAAAGCCUUCUCCAGGGAGGGCAUUCAGCAGACUAUAGACAAUGUCAAGAAUAAGUGGUUUAAAAACAGUACGGAUAUUGUGGCAGGGGACAGUGAGGAGGAAGUGGACUCGUACAGACUUCAUUCGGAUUUACUCGCGCCCCGGGAUCAAAGCCAGUCUCCUCACCUGAAUGCCAACACAUCUCCCUUGAGCAACUCCACCUCAUCACCUCGACCCACCAGCAACUCAACAUCCCUCUCUGGGUCCUCUGCCUCGCCCCUGACUGUCGGAGCCUCGUUGCCCCCUCCGGCUGGUCAAACCUCAUCCCCCCGGCCCAUUCCAGAGCCAGAGUACCAAGAGUACGACUCCUCCCUCGACAAGCUCAACAACAGCUUGACGGAGCUUCAGGGGGAGAUAAUGAGGCUGUCUCUACAGCAUGAACAGCUGAAAGCUGCGCAGUCACCCGUCUCUGGGUUUGACCCUCGGAUCAGCGAUGCUCUAGCUGCCAUCGGCUCGACCUCCGCAGGCACCGCCCCACCACACCCUAGACCCAUCCACGGGAUACCACAGCAAGCGCCGUACAUGCAUGGGUCUAUGACAAAACCUACGCCAUCAUUCCAGAACAAUCCACAGACCAGCAAGUCUGAUACCUCUUUAAAUAAAUCUGAGACUAAUCAGUCAGGGCUCGAAGCCUCAGGGGAGGGGGAUGGUUUUUUCGUCUCGUUUGGGGACAGCACACCGAAAUCUCAGAUGAAAGCGCCAGAGGAUAGUGCAAAGGUCACACCAGUCCAGCCCCAGGCGGCAGUGGACACCCCACCAGCAGUGACGCCACAGAAAACACUGGAGUACGGGGAGGAUGGGUCUCCUAGUGUUGGCUUCAUCAUCAAAGAUCCCGCAGCUGGUGUCAAAGAUCAGGAAUAUGAGGAUGAGAUGCAGAAAAAGAAAGUGAAAUUGAUGGAGAUGCAGAGGAAGAGGAAAGAAGAGCAAGAAAAAAGGAGGUUGGAAAAAGAGGCGGAGCUAGCCAGAAAACAGGAAGAGAAAAUGAUGAAGGAAGAAGAGCAGGAGAGAAAGAAAGCUGAAGAGAAGGCUAGAAGGGAGGUAAUCUUCCAGCAAUAUCUGCAGAAAAAACAGGAGGAGGAGGAGGUCACGCCCCCUAAACCUCGGGUCAAGAAGAGGGACAGCAGUAGUGGAGGCAAACCCCGACCCAAAUCCAUGUUUGUCAAAACUAAGGCCAUGACCCCUGAACCUGGUGCCAUGGGCGGCCUAGACUCAGGGAGUAGUUCACAGGAGGACCUAACUGUCAGGACAGGUGGCAGAUCAACUCCUAGUGUCAUGUCAGCUAUGAGAUCAGCGUAUGCCUUUAGACUACCUCCACCUAGUCAGAUCAGGAAAGCAGUGUCCUGCAACACACUUCAAGGGUCACCUAAUGGAGGUCAAGGUCCUUCUACCUACAGGCGACCCCCUUCUCCUGACUUGUACAGAAUCAAACAACAGAGACAGAGGGGCAACAGCCAGGACAGUGGGAGUGAGACUGGUUCAGGUUCAAACCCAGGCUCUGACUAUGCCGGCCCUAAACUGUUUGUCAAACCAAGUGCUAAAUCAAACCGCCACAUCAUAGUCAACGCUAUAUCUCACUGCUGUUUGGCUGGCUCUGUCAACACUGACAUGAAGAACAAAGUGCUUGAGGAACUGUCCAAAUGUGAGGCCAAUCACUUCCUCAUCUUGUUCCGAGAUGCUGGCUGCCAGUACAGAGGCUUGUUUAUAUUUUACCCUGAGACAGAGGAAGCUUUUAAAGUCCACGGUGUUGGUCCCAAACACAUCACCAAUAAAAUGUGUGAGAAGUUCUACAAGUACAACUCUGGCGGCAAAAAUUUUGCCGAGAUCACAUCCACCAAACAUUUAUCUGUAUCCGUUGACGCCGUCGUCCUGCAAGGGACAGUGUGGAAGACGGGGAAGGCGGUGGUCAAGCGAUAGAACCCACCCAUCCUGCUUUAGAUAGCCACUGUGUAUAAAUUAUUUAGCAAGGACUGCUUGAUGUGCUGCAUCAGAUGAGAGACUGUGCUGGUAUACAUAUCUUUAGCGUGCUCUCUGCGGAGUAUAUUCACUGUAACUUGCUUCACGGCCAGGGGCACAGGUGUACUAUUUGGAUGCCUUUUACCUGCCUUUGUCCGCGGAUGAUCAUAGUCUUUCAUCAUUUUUAAAAAAAAUUCUCUGUAUCACUCUACACAAGCUCGCUAAUUGUCAUUUUACUGUUUUUUAAAUGUUCCCUCUGCUGGACUUUAAAAGUUAGCCGAGGUUAAAAGCAAAGACUGAAUUACUCUUGUAAGCUUAUCUGUUCAAUCAAGCAGCCAUUGAAUUAGCUAAUGCCAGUUCCAUUUGUAAUGUUGCUUUCUUUACUUAAAUUGCACUGCAAGGCAAAGAUUUAGUGAUGGAGAAAGUGAAUCCCAGAGCGUAUAGUUUAUCUCCCUUUAACUAAGAUUUACUUGAUCAUCUCCCUUACACUAUUUGUAAAAUCUAAGAAUAGUUUGAUGUACUGCUCAAAACCUGCUCCAUCCAAAUCUGAAUUGACACAUUAAUGUUAGCCAAACGUGACAGCUUUAAUGUUAUAACAAACUUUCUUUUAAACUUCUGGUAUUGUCUAUAGAUGUCUUCACUUUUUCCAUUCCACCAACUUAUUCUGUCAAAGCUUGUUGAUCAACUGCAAACUCUCAAAGAGCUCAUCAAGUUAAACUUUGGAGUAGAUUUUUUUUUGUUGAAUUCUCAACUCAUUCAGGAUUUCUGAUUCUGUGAAGCAGAAAUUGUACCCAACUUGAAGUUCAGCUUUCAUCUUUUAGAGAACAUCAACUUCUCGCAAAUUAAGCCUUGCUGAAUAUGCAAUUAACAUUUUUUUUUUCUUGAACUGCUGAUCAGAAAGGUCACCAUUAAUCAAGUUUUAGAAAUGAAGAUCACUGAUUCUAACCACCUGUAAUAUGAUGGUGCAAGUUGUUUUUAUUUCUCUCCAUGAGACCAAGAAUAGUUGUGAGAUUUUAUUUAUUUACUGGCUUGGUGUGUCUGUUGGUAGACAAGUACACAAUAACCAAAGCAAACCAAUCUUUCAGUUCUUUAUUUUUUUUUUAAUUUUUAGUUGGGAAGGCUGGUGUGUAAAACAUGAUUGCAACAUAACAUUAUCAAACAAAUAUCAUAUUAAUCCAUAAUAUCAAUAUGUAAAACAUACAGAUACAGCUUACAUAAUUACUGUAAUUAUUUAUUAGUGGUUAGUGGCAUUCUAUGUAUAUUUGCAUACAUGUUAAUCUCUGUGUGUCAUUCUUUAAAUAUAUUAUUAUUGCUGG